GACAGCUCGCUGUCAGAAGGUGAGCUCGUUCCCCCGACGCGGAGGAGACGGAGGCGCCGCCGUCAAUGCGUGACUUGCCCUUCCGCCGGUGACCAGCACGUCCCAGUGAAACGAGAACCACGGAUCGACCUCUCCACCGAGCCCGGCCAUGGACGAACAGGCAGGGCCCGGCGUGUUCUUCAACAACAACAACAACUCCGUCCUCCCCGCCGGCGGCGGCGGCGGGGGGAAGGCGCCGCUGCCCGACGGCGACGCCGCGGAGGCGGGGAGAGCGCAGUACAGCAUCCCGGGGAUCCUGCACUUCCUGCAGCACGAAUGGGCCCGUUUCGAGGUGGAAAGAGCACAAUGGGAGGUGGAGCGCGCCGAAUUGCAGGCCCAAAUCGCCUUUCUGCAGGGGGAAAGGAAAGGCCAGGAGAACUUAAAGAAAGACCUUGUCAGAAGGAUCAAAAUGCUGGAGUAUGCACUGAAGCAAGAGAGAGCGAAGUACCACAAGUUAAAAUAUGGGACAGAUUUAAAUCAAGGUGACAUGAAACCUCCGAGCUACGACUCUGAUGAGGCCAAUGAGAACGAGACUUCUGGAUCGCUCAACAAUCAACUGUCCUGGAAACAAGGCCGACAGCUCCUCAGACAGUAUCUGCAGGAGGUGGGCUACACAGACACCAUUUUAGAUGUAAAGUCCCAAAGAGUUCGAGCUCUACUAGGACUUGCUGGAGAUGGAGGCGGGAGGACAGGUGAACGGAUGAGUACUGAGCCUUUGGUCAAUGGAACAGACGCAACAACAAAGGGCAUGGGCACCAGGGGGAAAGCUGAGCUCUCUGACACGAGUGCUGUGCUGGAGGCCUUCAAAUUUAUUGAGAGUGCCGCAGCUGAGUUCAGUGAUGAAGAUGAGGAGGAGGAUAGCGAGGGGAAAGACAGGACUAAUGUGGAUUCCAGGACGAUCUUGAGGAAGAAGCCCGCAUCGUCAUCAUCAUCAUCGCCAGCCAGUAUGGACACCAGUGAGGACCCUGACACAGAGGAGGCAUUGAAGGGCUUUGACUUCCUGUCCAGCCCAGACGAGAUGGACACCUCGUCAGAGUCCAGAGGCCCUGGAGACGGGACAGACUGGGAGAAGGACGAGCAAGGUCCUAUUUCUGAGGCGUGGGACGUGGACCCGUGUCUGAUAAAGGAACUCAAGGAGCAGUACAAAAAGGAGCGCAGGGGGAAAAAGGGGGUGAAGAGGCCCAACCGGUCCAAGUUACAGGACAUGCUGGCCAACCUGCGGGAUGCCGAGGACUUGUCUCACCAACAGCCUCCAUCCACUCCUCAGGCCCGACCCAAUGCGCCCCGCUUUAACGAACAUGAGGGAAACCGACCAGAUGAAGUGGAGGCGCUUACUUUCCCACCCACCUCAGGGAAGUCGUUUAUUAUAGGCACGGACGAGGCCAUGGAGAGCGAGCUGGGCUUGGGGGAGCUGGCCGGGCUCACAGUGGCCAACGAGGCUGACGGCCUGGUAUAUGAUAUUGGCAACAACACAGAUGCCAUGAGGAAAACCUGGAACCCCAAGUUCACUCUGCGGAGUCAUUUUGAUGGGAUUCGCGCUCUGACCUUCCACCCCGUGGAGCCGGUCCUCGUCACCGCUUCAGAGGACCACACGCUCAAGAUGUGGAAUUUACAAAAGACUGCGCCAGCCAAAAAGAGUACAUCUUUAGACGUGGAACCCAUCUACACUUUCAGGGCCCACAGGGGGGCUGUACUAAGUGUGGUGAUGAGCACCACAGGGGAGCAGUGUUUCAGCGGAGGGGUUGACGGGACUAUCCAGUGUUGGAACACGCCCAACCCCAACAUCGACCCCUAUGACUCCUACGACCCUUCGGUGCUGCGUGGAGCGCUGAGCGGACACACGGACUCAGUCUGGGGCUUGGUUUACAGCAACGCACACCAGCGCCUCCUCUCAUGCUCUGCAGAUGGAACUGUGAGACUGUGGGAUGCCAAUACCACCUCCCCUGCACUUGCUGUUUUCAACGAAAAUAAAAAGCUGGGAGUUCCAUCCUCAGUAGACCUGGUGUGCAGCGAUCCAGCCCACCUGGUCACAUCCUUUACAAACGGGCAGCUCGGCCUCUUUAACAUGGAGACCCGCCAGCUGGUCCUCAGUCUGGAGUCCAACUUGGAGCCAGGCACUCCCUGUCAGAUCAACAAGGUGCUCAGCCACCCCACACUCCCCAUCACCAUCACCGCACAGGAGGACAGACACAUCAAGUUCUUUGACAACAACAGCGGGAAGCUGAUUCACUCCAUGGUGGCCCACCUGGAUGCCGUCACCAGCUUAGCUGUGGACCCCAAUGGACUUUAUCUCAUGUCAGGCAGCCACGACUGCUCCAUCCGUCUAUGGAACCUGGAGAGUAAAACCUGCAUCCAGGAGUUCACAGCUCACAGAAAGAAGUUUGAGGAAUCGAUCCACGAUGUGGCGUUUCAUCCAUCUAAAUGCUACAUCGCCAGCGCCGGGGCGGACGCUCUCGCAAAGGUGUUCGUAUGACGCGGAGCUGCGUGUCCGUCCACAGCCCUGCUCUCUGACUCAGUCUCCCAUGAUCAGGGACCAAUAGAGACACAGCAGGGGGAGGACCGUCAGGCAGGGGUCCAGUCCCCACCUCACACAGCCCACUGGUCUCCUGUGAAACUGCAAGCCUCAAACAAGCUGUGACUGUAUAGAAGGGGCUCACACGGAGGCCAUCAGGAGAACUGCUCUCUGGUCCCCCACCCACCAUCCAGGCAGGCCUGGGUGGGACCGGUCACAGUGCCCCUACAGACAAACUUAAGCUUUACCUCCACAGAAAGGAGGCUCAGGACAAGUAUUAAUUUGGAGUGGAGGAAGGAGGUUCCCAGGUCCUUCCUCCUCUGCCCCUGUUCCAGAUCCCUCAGGCCCGCAACCUUUCCUCUCAGAAAAACCAGGUCCAGCUCCCGUACUCCAAGUCAGUUUUGUGUUGUGUUUUGGAAACGUGGGCUACCGAAGGCUCGCUGGAGCCACGUGGGCCUCUCCGGCUUCCUCUUCUCUGCUUCCCAGAGUGACUCUGCUUGCUGGCCUGCCUUUAUUUUGAAAAACCGAUAUUGACAAAUGUGCCUUUGCUUUAAAAAGGUCUUGAAAAUGUUAUUUUAACAAAUUUGUUUUGGAGAACAGGGAGGGUGGGGGUGGUGAAGAAUCAAAGCUGGUUGUCACAAUGUGUUUGAUUUUAACAUUGGAUGUAAAAUUACAAAUACUUAUAAUAAACAAAAUAUAUAUUCAGUCUUAAAAUUUACUGUGCAGCGUGAGUUUGAGUGCUCAUUUUUGAUAAGUGUGGUUGGGGACUCAGUUUUAUGCGUUUCAGGACAAAACUGGUAGAGUGAUAAAGACCAUUAAAUAUAUUGCCUGUUUGUUAGAUUCAAGUAACUGUGCACUUCAGAAGUAAGAUUACAAACAUAUGUGUCCAAAGUAAACCAUUCUGGUUAUAUAACUGCAACUCAGACUUGGUUUUAGAUGUUAAUUUUAGGAGUAACUAACAGAUUUUGGCCAGUUUGCUCUUGUUUGAAUUGAAUGGCGUGUACUGUAUGUAGUUUUCCCCAGCUGUGUGGACAUGCUUGACUACAAUGUGAUGCAUCAUGUAUGUCCUGAUAAUUACAAUAGUCCAGUGUUUAGCAGGAAAUUAGUGCAGUACUUUAGGACUAUUUGAAAUAAUGGUUUAACCAUCCAACACUGAGGGAUUCAAUUCUGGUUUACUGUAAACGGGGGAGGUUUAAAAGGAAAAGGAAAACAAAAAAAAAAGUAAAUCAAGGUAUUGUACAUGGAGAUGCAGCUUCAAAUGAGCCAUUUUCACAGUCACUGGUUUGUAUAUGAAAGUAUGUUCAAAAUAAAACCUGCUGUAAAAUAUUAA